AUGUCUCCUCCUUUCCAUGUAUUGCUAUUGUUUAUCAUCAUCUUCUUCUUCUCUUCCUCUUCCAUUAUUAAUUGUGUCAUUCAUGAUCAUGAUGACCUCCUCCUUUCAAUAGCUGACAAUCGAACUCUUUUCCAAAUCUACAUUAUUCAUGUUGAUCCGCCGAAUGACAAUGUGGAGCUUCUUGGUGAAGAGGAGCAACAAAAGUGGUAUGAGUCAUUUUUGCCGAACACUACUCUCGACUCCGGUGAGCCAAGGCUCCUUUAUUCGUACCGACACGUUAUUAGCGGCUUUGCAGCAAAACUAACUUUGGAAGAAUUACAUGAGAUGGAAAGAAUGCCCGGGUUUCUACUAGCUCUUGAAGAUAAAAAGAAUACUCUUGGCACCACUCAUGCGCCUGACUUUCUUGGCUUAAAUCAAUGGAACAGUCUUUGGCAGAGUUCAAAUGAAGGUGAAGGUGUUAUUAUCGGUAUUGCUGAUAGUGGUAUUCGCCAUACUCAUGUGUCUUUCAAAGAUGAUGGCACAAUGCCAGACCCACCGUUGAAAUGGCGGGGUUGUUGUCAAUAUGUGACGCCUAAUUGUGACCCUUGGUCCCCUUCCAAAUGCAACAACAAGCUCAUCGGAGCAAGAGCAGUUGGUUCAAUUGGAUCACCUGAUGAUGAAAUUGGGCAUGGUACACAUGUGGCGAGUACAGCAGGAGGGAGCCGUGUUUACAACGCCGGUGUGCUCGGACAAGCGAAAGGCGUAGCAGUAGGUAUGGCACCGAGAGCUCACUUGGCAAUGUACAGGAUAUGUACUGCCAACAAAAACCAUGAAGAUGAGUGCACAGACAGGGACAUACUGGGUGGUAUAGACCAAGCAAUCACUGAUGGAGUUGAUGUGCUAUCGUUGUCAAUAGACACACCGAAAGAUUAUAUCCAAGAUACUGUUGUCAAAAGCACAUUUGCAGGGGUUGAGAAAGGAAUACUAGCUAGUGCUUGUGCCGGAAAUGGCGGGAUGUUUCCAUCUAGGCUAGCUAAUGACGUACCGUGGAUUUUAACUGUAGGUGCUACUUCCAUGGAUAGAGUUGUCAAGGCGACUGUGAAGCUUGGUAAUGGGAUGGAACUUGAGGGCCAAUCUGCAUACCAACCGAGCUCUUUUUCAUCUUCGACAAUGUUGGAGUUGAUUUACCCAGGAGAGAUCGUUAAGAAUGAUUUUAAUAAGGCAUGCAAAUCAGCAGCACUAAAUUUUUUCGAUUUGAAAGGAAAGAUAGUUGUGUGUGAAGCUUGGGUAACUAAUGAUGUUGCUAAAAGUGAAGCUGUGAAGAAGUACGGUGGUGCGGCCAUGAUUCUUCUGAGUCAAUCAUGGGACGGAUUCACUACGUUCUCGGAAGCUCAUGUGAUUCCCACAGCACAUCUCAACCAUGUCGAUUCUUUGAAGGUUGUCAGCUAUUUUCGAACUGAAGCUAAUCCAACAGCAACUAUUAUAUUCGGUGGCACAAAAGACGGUGUGCGUCGCUCGCCUGCAGUUGGUUCCUUCUCUUCUAGAGGACCGAGUUUGCGAAACGGUGGCAUAUUAAAGCCAGAUAUCAUUGGCCCUGGUGUAGACAUCCUCGCAGCUUGGAACAAACAAGUCGGCCCUGAUCCAUUUGGUUCCGAUGAUUCUGCUUUCAACUUUGCUCAUGGAUGUUCAAUGGCGACACCAAUGCUGGCCGGAAUCAUAGCACUGCUCAAAAGCACUCAUCCUGACUGGUCUCCGGCUAUGAUCAAGUCAGCAAUCAUGACAACAGCUCAUACGACAGAUCGCACAGGGCAGCCCAUCGCCGAUGAGAAAUCAAACACAUAUGACAAAGCAAGCUUUUUCGCUAUGGGAGCAGGGCAUGUCGACCCGACAAGAGCUAAUGAUCCAGGCCUUGUUUACAAUACUACACCAGAAGAUUACAUUGGCUAUCUUUGUUCGUUGAAGCAACUAUCCGAAUUUUCUAUCGGCAUAAUUAUUCGACGGCGAAAUUUCCACUGUGCUGACUAUGUGAAAAUAGAGCCUGAGCAGCUGAACUAUCCCUCCAUCUCAGUAUCCAUGAAUAAUGCAUUACUGAAGAAGAUAACAAGGACUGUGAUAAAUGUUGGGGAAUCAAACUCAGUGUACAAAGUGGAGGUUGAUGACCCAGAAGGAGUGAGUUUGAAGGUUGAUCCUGAGAGCCUUACUUUCUCACAGAUGUAUGAAGAGAAAAGCUUCAUUGUGAGUUUCAAUGCCAAGAUUCCUCAUCCAUUUAAGGGAGAGUAUUCAGAAGGGCAAUUAGUGUGGAAAUCAACUAGCCUUAAGGAGUAUGCUGUGAGGAGUCCCAUAUCUGUCCAAUUCUGAACAGAUUCUAAUCAUAUAUUUGUAUGUAUUUUAUGUACUCCAAAUGGAGAGUAUGUAACAGUAGUCUCUCUGAUAUAUAUAUAUAUAUAUAUAUAUAUGACAUGCAAAAUAAAUGUGUUGUUCCUCUUUGAAUAAUUAGUCA